UCCCGGGGGGACGCUCCGCGCCGCGGCCGCCGGGGCCGCCGCUGCUCUCACACUUGAGUUGGGAGCUGCUCGCCGCGCUCAGUGCCUGGCGAGCUGGCCGCGCGCCGCCGCCUCCCGCCCGCACGCACGCACGCGGGCCCGGCUUCGGGGUUCUCGGCUGCUACUCCCGGCGGCUGGAAGGAGGGGGGAGCCCCGGACACACUGUGGGGAGGAGGAGGAAGAAACCCGGCGCGGAGGAAAGGGGCGGGGGGGGCGGGAGGUUUGCCACCUUCAGCCCCCACUGCGAGCGCCCAAGGUGCGCACAUCUUGACCGACGCAGCAGGAAGAUCGAUUUUCUUUGUGUUUAACGAAAAGAAAAAUGUCCCCGUGUCUGUAGAGAUGAUUUGCGGUUCAGCCCGGCUGAAGCUGAGCGAAUGAGACUAUGGGCUGUGCCUCCGCCAAGCAUGUUGCCACUGUUCAAAAUGAAGAGGAAGCCCAGAAAGGGAAGAACUACCAGAAUGGAGAUGUGUUUGGCGAUGAGUAUAGGAUCAAACCGGUGGAAGAGGUCAAAUACAUGAAAAACGGGGCAGAAGAGGAGCAGAAAAUAGCAGCCAGGAACCAAGAAAACCUGGAAAAAAGUGCUAGUUCCAAUACAAGACUUAAAACGAAUAAGGAGAUUCCGGGAUUCGUUCAUCAACCCAGAGCAAACAUGCACACCUCUGAGAGCCAGCAAGAAUUCUUCAGGAUGCUGGAUGAAAAAAUUGAAAAGGGUCGAGAUUACUGUUCGGAAGAAGAGGAUAUCACAUAGCACCAAUUCUACCACUCAAACCAGGAGCUACUACUGUGUAAAUAGAUUACACCCCAGUUGAAGUCUUUGCAAAGGUCGGUCCUCUUCAAGGAACAGCACUAAAAGAAGAUCAGUCCGUAUCGUAUGCCCCAUUAAAUUACAGUGUUUCUUAAUGAACUUGCAAAGGAAUAUUGCUAAAAACAAAACAAAACAAAAAAACCGUAAUCGAACUCUCUUUGUUGCUGCUAGUUAAAACUUGUUGCAACUUUUCACUUCUCUUGUGUCCAGGUAUGCAGCAAAACUCUGCAGUUUCACCUUAAAGAUCCUGUUGGUUUUACAGAGGCUCUCCAACCUGUUUUCUAUAAAGAUGGGGUAGUGGUGAACUCAGAUAUCAAACUUCUAUUCUAGACCGGUUCCGCUUCUUAAGCGUCUCCUUCCCUCUCCCCUUCCCCCCUGUCUCUCCCGAGCUGGUCCGGAGUCUUGCUUCUCCCUGGCAAUGUCGCGCUUUGGAGAUGGGAUGGUUGCUAUGGCAAGCCUUGUUUCUGUGCUAAGAAGAAGUAGAGAAGCUAUUCUCGAUUGAAAGCCUGUUGGGACAUGACUCCUGGAAGUGACCCAGGAGCAAGCAGCAGGUCGUUUCAUUUACUAGGUAUCAUAAUCAAGGAUUAAACUUGCAACACUGGCUUUGCUCCGAUGCAGACGGAAGUGUGUGAUCACAAUCAUUUCGAAUCCCUCUUCCCUACUUUUUUUUUUUUUCUAAGAAAAUAAACAUUUUACUGUUUUUAUGGAUCCUUGUCUUCUCCCAUUCAUCCAGUUCAGUGUCUUCCGAAGCAUCUGGGUGCGGAAGAUGAGCCAUCCUUUGCAGUGACAUGCACACUUCACCUCAGUGACUCCCCACCCUCCCAUUAAUAAUCUACCAAGCAUUAGCUGGGCUCUGAGUGGUCAGAAGAGGGGACAUCCCCCGAGGUUUUAGAAGGGCCUGAAACCACCCUGUAAGCUUUCAUUUUGUUAGCAAACAAACCACACCUUACUUCCUCAUUCUCUCCCUUCCGAAUGGUGCAGGAGCCUGGCCACUUUUUCUUCCUCUCCCUUGCAGCACUGGACACAGAACAGUGAGAGACUUCCGCCUGCUGGAAAAUGUAGCACAUUGACACUGGCGAUAAUACUUGGAGAUGCGAAAACUAAAGCCCCCUGGGUGGUCGUGGGGAAUGUUAACUGUGGGUUUGGUAGAGUUUAUUUUUCCAUAUUAUUAUAUGAAGAGAAUGCUCUCUUCCCAAAGACAGAAGUAAUAUUUUUAACAAAUGUUGUCACAAGUAAAUAGCAGUCAAAAGGAGAAAAUAACUUUUGUAUUUUUUUAACGCAUUUGAUAGCUUUGACCGGGGGGUUCUCUUUGUUACUUUCUGGGCAGGGCACCAGUCCAGGUUUGGGUUUGUCCCACAAAAAUGCAGAAGGAGCACUGUGUGUUUCUCUCUUUGGGGCUUGUGAGUGUGAAGGGCCUCGCUGUCGGGGGUACUGUCACCCUCCAAAGGUGGCUGCUUAGUAUGUUCCAGACAGUCAAGAGAUCACCUGCCACAGACUACAAGAAGCAGCCAGAUUUGUUCUUGUUGAGAUGAGCCUGGGCUUUGAAAACCCAUCCACAUAGGUGAUGGCACCAUUGAUGUGCCCAUGGUAAGAUUCCUCAUCUCCUUUCAGACCCAGGGCACAACACUGAGAGGAAGGAGACCCAGUCACAUGCUGUAGAAAAUGGGCUCAAACAUGAGGAACAACAGCCCUCAAUUCUUUCAGCCAGCAGCAGCUAUUUUGGGGAGCAGCUGUGAUUGUUACAUAAAUAGAGAUGAAGCCAAAACAUAAGGCUAUUUAGCCUGCUUCACGCAGGAAGAUGCUGGGAGAGUCAAAUCGCCAAGGGGCGCAGUGCCCUCCCUUUGUAUGGUAUUUGGCCAAGGGCAUAAAAUAGUUUUCUUCCACUGUAAACGAACAGCUAAGCCCCACCUCAGACUUGUCCACUGAGGACUUGUUCACUGUUAAUGCAGAUGACCUAUUCCCAGGAUUUCUUAUUCUUACAAAGCAAACAGUAAAUGUCUUCCAUUUGACUCCUUGACUUCCUAUCUCAAAGAGUAUCUUGCCAGAAAAUCAUCACCUACCUGAAGGUGAAACGUGCUUGUAUCAUUUUUUCUUACAGUCGUGUUCAACAUUUUGACGUGAUACACAUGUAUAUGCAGAACCCAAGUGUUUCUUGAGAACCUGACUUUUGAGUGUUUCGUAAAACCAGAAACUGGUUCCCGGGAACCAGUGGCUUUUUCUCUGGAGUUGUGUCUUCCGGUUUUUAACAGUGGAGACCUCUUUGAGGUUACAAAAGUGAUUUCACCUGCAGACACAUGUGGGACCUCUAGGAAUAGAUCUGAGAAAUGGGGUGGCGAAGCGGGUCGUCAUGAAAUGUUUGAUUAUGUUAGCUACACUCAAAAUGCUCUGUUUUCCAUUGGUUGGUUUUCAUCAUAAAAUUUUCAAGUGAUUUAUGUUUGUACUUAAUUUGGUUAUGCUUUCUGAAAGGGUCUCAAGCAAAAAGUAUUUAGCCUGUCCCCCCACCCUGCCCUGUGUGUCUGAACACUAAGCAGAUUGUCACAGAUAAAAUGAAAAGAAUAAUCCGGAACUAAUGCUUCUGCUGGCUGUGGUCUCUGAGGUUCAGGGAGAUGGAAGGAGGGAGGGAGAGAAAUGGCCUGGUGGAUGGAGGUAGAAAAAGGUUGAGAAAUGGACUGAGAAGCAUUUAGCGGAGGUGGAUAGAAUGGCUCUGUGCCGGGUGCAGUUCAAAAUCCAGCUGCCGAGUGGCCCAUGGGUGGGGCAGACUGUCAGUAAGAGUCACAGCUGGAUCACACAGGCUUUGUGUGCCCCGAGUUGUAGAGUUGUAAAAGUUCAGCAGAAUAUACAUGGCUUCUUUGGGUUGGCAGAGAUUCAGGAUGGCGGAGUUCUGUUGUCAUAAUUGAAUACGUGUUUGUUGCUGACAGAGAACCUUGAAAGAGGCUUUUACCUCAGUGAUGCCUCCUAGCCCCAAGCUGGAGCACAGAGUAUUGUUAUGGUCUAUUUAGGGACAAAGCAGGUAUGGAGUGCAGAGACAAGAAAACUAGGUCAGCCCUCAGAAGCAGCAGUGGCCCGCCAUGGGCCUGCUGGGAGGCCGGUGUCUCCCCAUCGGCAGUGCCCAUGGUCUGAGACUGGGCUUGGAUGACUCCAAUAAGAGAUCACCUGACCAAAGAGCAGCCAUGGUUCUUUAGUCCUCUGCCCGGGGGCCAGCCUCCUUCUAGAAGGCAAGGAAGCACGUCAAUGUCAGGGGUUCCCCCAGGGUCAGGAGUGGCCACGGCUGCAACAUGACAGCCCCCAGGAGCAGGCCCAGGGAUGAUGGCGCUUACUUUUUGGUCCCAUGUGAUGCCACCCCACUUUGAGUUAUAACUUUGUCCUUCCCCCAACCUCACUGAGACGUUUUAUUUUUUUCUUCUCUUAGGGCCAGACUGUCCCAUAAGCCUGCUAAAAACAGAGAUUAUACCUCUUAAUGCAUUUUUACCUCAGGAGCCUGCGAUGCAGGCUGGCAUAUUGAUUAGAAGUCCUGUUUAGACAUUGGGCAAGAGUUUCAAGGAGCAUUCCAUCUCUACUCAUCUUAGAAAAGAAACUCGGUUAAAUACGUCAGUCUUAUAGGAAGAAAAGCUAUCAAAUUCUUAACCCUGGAAAGUACUGACUCUGAAUCCUGGACUCCUGGACGCUAAGAUGUGCAUUAUGAAAGACGAAACAAUUGGUUUCUAAGGCUGUCUCCUUCCUCCUCCCAACUCUCUUAUUCAAAACCAGUAUUAGAUUGCACUGUAUGAUUUUGCAUAAAAUCUACCUUCCAUGCUUUUCUCUCUGGAAGGCGUUCUCAGAGCUUUAUUUCUUUGUACCCUUCAGAAAUUAAACUUUGUAAGUUGCUUAAACCCAGUAGAAAAAUAAGGCAUGGUGGGGGAGGGGAAUAUGUCUUUAAGGGCAAAAUGAAAAGGUGGUUUGAAGCAGGAACUUUGGCUUCUCAAUGUCCCGUCGGGGGGGAGGGGGAUUACCAACCUCCAUGAGCCUGUGUAAAGCUGGGUGAGGCCGCCGCUUUCACACUGCCAAUGUCCCUGCAAUAAACCUUUGGAAUUUCAUGAAUGAGGUCUAGGAACUGCCUUUUGCCAAUGAAUGGAUGUGUUUUUCCAAGGGGGGAAAAUGUCUUUGACUUCAGUCACCUUUUUUUGUAUAUCUCUGGCAAAGGGGUAAAAACCGAUGGCAGGAAAAGAGGAUUGUAGGUGAAUAUAUUUACUUUUGUGACCAGCUAGCCAUGCCAUGUUUUUCAGGAGACUCUGGUACCUUAUCUGGGCUCUAAUGUAACCUUGGGCAAAGAGGAAAAGGAACUAUUGUUUGUUAUUUAUACUCACUCUGUGCCAGAUACUGUGCUAAUAAGCAUUUUAUAACUGUCUUGUGUCUCCCUCCCAAUAAUCCUGUGCACUGAAUCUGUUACCGCCAUGUUCUAAGGUCUGGAUCUUAUGUGUAGAAUAUAUCUAUCCAACAUAAAUGCCCAUGUUGAAAGAAGGAAAGAUGUCAUUCAAGUAUUUUCCCAAUUUUUUUGUUAUUAUAAUACUAUGCCCUUUGCAACACUGUGAAAACCACCCUUUGGGGGCAUCUACCUUCCAGACCCUCUGUUUGGCUCAUCACCAGCUUGGUGUCUCCAUGAGGCAUGUUCUACUUGGCCUCCUCCUAUCUGAUGAGCUACACACAAAUCAGGGGAGGCUGCCGGCUAGCGUCACAUCAGUGCCUGGAAGGAAAAGGCUCUGGGAAUUUAGGCACCUUUCUCUCCCCUGGAAACCCUUACCACAUCUGGACAAGGAACCUGGUACUUCUGCAGUUAGAUAGGCAUCUGAGUUGGUCAUCUCUUUCUGGGUCCCAAAGCUGGUUUCUGCAUCUUUUUAAGGUGAAAAAGCCUUAACCUGGCAGAGAAGUUUGGGGGAACCUGAUCUCCAAAGGUGGCGGGAAGGCCUGGGCCACUGACUGGAAAUCCUUUCUUGUGAGCGAGGGUUUGAUGUCUCUUUUUGAUCGUUGAACUAGGGCUCUGUAUUUUCCAGGCUAGUUUAAGCCUUGAAACUAGAUGUGAAUCUCUUUCAGGACCUUGAAUGUUUGGGAUAUUCCUGUAGUGACUUGGAUAGUCAUUUAAAUAACUUGUCCCAAGGUCAGAAGAGCUCAAGAAUUCCCCAGAGUCCCUCCUGGUUCCUAAAGGCACAUCCUCUAAAGAAGAUGACUCAUGUCUCCAUAGCAACUAUUAAAGGUGCUGCUAGAGGGGACCCACCUCCACCCUCACUUACUUAGCUUGAAGGAAUCGAAAGAAUUUCCUGGUGUAGGGGGGAUGCCCUGACCAGUUUUCCUAUGAAAACUGCCCCCAAGGUCCUGCCUCUAACCUGGCAGCUGUCAGAUUCAUUCAGGAUCAUGUAGGAAAUGGCUCUUGUCUCGAGGAAGCCAGAGAAAUUGCUUUAAUUCAGCAGGAUUCAUUCUGAAACCAAAGCCCUCAUUCCAAUACUGUCUCACUCUCCCCUGAAUUCUCCCUGCUUCCCUUUCCAGGGGUUAUUUUUAGCCCAACGCUUUGAACUUGAUUGAGUAAAACUUAGAGGCAGUAAAAAGAACACCAUAAACUCAGCCAGAACUGCCUUAAGGUCCCUAGGGUUAAAAAUAGCUGUGGAACCUCGGGGGCCACUUGGCCUGGACCCAGGAGCGGCAGAACAGCCCCCGGUUUCUUGGCAUUUCAGUCCAGACCUUCAGGGACUGUUCUCUCUUGACAGUCAAGCAGGAAAGGGACGUUUCGCAAUAGAUUUCAAGCCAGCUUUUCUGUUCAAAGCAAGAUGGAAAUUCAUUUUAAAAAAUGGUAUCUGUUUUCCUGGAGCAGAACCAGGCAGCUGUCUUAUUAGGAUUCUAAAUUUAGAUCUUUUUCCUUCAGAGAGAGAGAGAGAGAGAGGGAGAUGGAGAAAGAAAUUAUAACUACUUUAUCAUUGAAAUAGUUUAAGGAAGAGCUGUAUUUUGCCUGUUUGGUAAUCUCUCAGAUGAUGUCCAGGAAAGUAUUAGUGUAACUAUAAUAAUACCAAAACAGGAAAAGCUAGUGAUCACUCUUGCUAAAGCUUGAGUUAGCGCCCAUAGGAGGAUGGAGGUCUGCUGGCUGUCUCGCCUUGUGCCACCUCUGGUCCAGGAUUGCCCUAUCACUGGCGUGUUUGCCUCACCUGGGCCUCUAGCCUGGAUGUGUGGCCGGCGCCCUUUCCCCACCCCAGGCACAAAAGGGCACAUCCCCCAAGAUGCAUGACAGGUCCAGCUCUAUACAACCACAGCAUUUCUCACACAUUGUCCCACUCGCCCAGGAUGGCCUUGACAGUGGCAUUUCAGCAGCUUCACUGGGACACUCCGACACCAGUGUGUGGGGUUGGGACCCCAUCAUUGCGGUUGUCUCAAAGGCGGCAUUUUUAGCGUUGCCUUCCCCACUGUCAAGGACUCAUUCACGCGACAGAGUGUUGCUAGGGCACCUGAUACGCGCAAGGCACUGAGCUAAUCGCCAGCCAGCCAUGACUGAACGACACGCAGCUCCUGCGCUUGAAGAGUCACAUCCGGGGAGACAAUUUAGGGAAUGUCUGUAGGGCUAAGUCCUGGGUGCUGUGGGAGCAUCUCAGAGUGGCAGCCGCCCAGCUGUGGGAAGCAGGGAGCUUCCUGAAAGAGGUGCCAUCAAAGCCCACGUUUGUUCGAGGACCAAGAGAGAGCGUUGCAAAGGGCCUUCCAGGUGGAGGGACAGCAUAGGACUGAGCCCAAAGGAGGGACAGUGUGGGCUUCAGGGCCCGCGGGCAGGAACGCAGCUGGAGCUGGGAGCUGAGGAGAGAGAGAGGGCCAAGGCCAGAACAGUCAGCCGCCCCCUCCCAGAGGGUUCCAUGGACUUAGCUGGGGUGAUCCUCUGCCCUCCAAAGCAGAGGUCACUGCUGAGGUCACCAAAAGAAGUAAGUGGGCUUGGCAUCGGGGCCAGAAUUUCCCUUAUCACUAUGGAAGGGCACAGUUUCUUGCUGAGAUUGAGUUAUUCCCGAAUGGCCCCCGCCCCCACACCACCUCCUCCUCUUCUCACCGAAAGCUGUUUGGACUCAAGGGCUUUCACCUGGGCUGGGUCUGUUUUAGAGCCAUAUGAGAGACAGCUGUAGGUCAUCCUAACCUGUCUGUAGAGCCACCAAAGUUAAAAAUACCUCUUGGGAAUAGGCUGGCCUAGACGCCAGGAUGAGGGUGCACCCCAAGAUGAAUACCCAGGAAGUAGCAGAGGGCUCCCCGACUUAGUGUGUGACAGCCUCAUUCAUUCCCUCAAAGGCAGCGGCCCUGGGACAGCCUUUCCCUGGGUUGGGUCACACCUGGUGGCCGAGCCUCUGCUGAGUCCAGAGUGCACACCUGAGUCCCACCAGAAGGGAUAUUAAAUUUUUGUAAAGCACAGACAGAUUGUUAGCACAUGGAAAAUACCCAUAAGCCUAGAUGGCUGCCAUGGACCUCGUGGGGACCGGGGCAAGUCGCCGGAGCCUGCAGCUCUGCGCUGUUCGGGCGUGAGGCAGGGAAGGCUCCGAGACAAACGGAGUCUGUGGAGACAACUCACAGUGCCUUUUAGGUUUCCCAAAGGACCAAUUCCGAGUUCAGAGCAUCGGGUUUUUCCAUACCCCCCUCCCCUCCAGACAAAUAAUUAGAAACUUUAUCUAGGAGAAGAAAAGAAUGAGAUGAAUCAAAAUACUAGCUGUGAGGCAGUAUGGUUUCUAGAAACUCAAGAAAAGGCUCAAACAAGUGACAUCAUUUCCGAGAGGUCCGAGGAAUUUGGGGCUGACGCCAGUUUUCCGAGGGGAGCGGCUCAGGGAUCCAAAAGGGCCCUGAAAGCUGCUUGGGGCUGAUCUCUUCUGCAAGAGCCCUUUAGCUGCCCUUUGGGGUGCAACCUGGCAUAUCCAACAGCAGCUCCAGCCUUCUGGACUCGUGGAAAGUGUUUAGCUCAAAUGCCCACUCUUUCCCCAGAUAUUCCUCUUGCUGUUGGCUGAGGAAUUUCUAAUUCUGUGUCUUGUGGUUCUCUCUCGAAUAUCCCUGAAGUCGUUUUUGUAUUAGAUUUUGGUCUGUGGUGAUGGUGGUGCUGAAAACUGACAGAACAAUUGGCCCCCUACACACAUCUACUUUCAAAGUAAGACCCUGGAAGCUCCUCGUGGGAGUCGGGGCUGAAUUUGGCCAGGUUUGCCUCAGAGCACCCUCUCCCUGUUGUCCACCCCAGUCCAAAUGCCACCCCAUCACCAGGAAAAGAUCAAAAUGGCUGCCUGUUGUCAAUGGCUGUGUAUUUGCUCUUUCCAAGGGCAUUUGUGUUUCACUUAGGAAUAGGGCCUUACAUUCAAGGAAAAUCUAGUGGCAGGAUUAGAAGGCAUCCGCUCUUAGUCAGGUCUGCACAGUAUCUUGGGGAUGACUCUUCUGAGCACCUUCCUCAGGUGGACAUGGGAGCCCAGCAGGGUGGCCUUCCCAGUACACUGAGUGCAUAGGAAUUCUGUAAAGCCAUGGGCGCCCAUCUGUUUCAGUCGCACAUGCCUAUCAGCAAAAAAACUCUGUGAGAUGCACCCCUUCUGUAUGUUUAUUAAUUUAUUUAAAGCUUAUAUUCAUAUACUUCUGUACUAAUAUUGUAGGCACAUUAUAAAAA